CACGCUUCUCAACUUUUCAUUACCCAUAUCAUUGACGACGAUGAGUGCCAUGGACACAGACGAAAUCUCUGUGGUGCUCCCAUCCACGACGACAUCAGGCCUAUCGAUAUCUUUGCAUCCUUUACCGAUUCUGAAUGUUUCUGAACAUUUGACGCGACGGAAACUGCAAACAAACACCUCUACUCCGUUCAUUCUUGGAGCCCUGUUAGGCACUCAAAAUGGAAGAGAUGUGGAGAUUGUAAAUACGUUUGAAUUAGCUGUGGAAGAGGAUGGUGCUACAGUGGAUCAUUCUUUCUUGGUAUCGCGGCGUGACCAGUACAAGCAAGUCUUUCCCUCCUUGGAAUUCAUUGGCUGGUACACGGUCGCUCCCCGUCCCUCUUCACGCCAUAUUGCACUUCAUUCACAAUUUACAGGGUACUGCUCGACGCCUCUUCUCCUCCUGCUUCAAUCUUCCAAUAAUGUUUCCACCGGCUCCGAUGGCAAUCAAACGCUUCCCUUCAAAGCCUAUGAGCCGACCAUCGAGAUUAGGGACCGCCUCUCUCGUCCAGUCUUCGUUGAGGCGUCGUACAAUGUAGAGACAGGUGAAGCAGAGCGGAUCGCUGUUGACUGGACUGCACGCGGUGGCGGUAGUGGCACGAGUUUGGAGUCACAUCUACAAACGCAACGAGCCGCUGUCAAAAUGCUCCAUGACAGAAUCGUCAUAUUGGUUCACUAUGUCACAAAGGCUUUGGCAGGCAAGACGCCCAAGGACCAAGCUAUUCUUCGAUCCAUCUCAGCUCUGGUAGCGUCACUUCCUGCCACUGAAAACAAAGCUUUCCGCGAGGAAUUCGAUACGGAGUACGAAGAUGUUCAGAUCACUGCUUUCUUGUCUUCCCUGACCAAAUCAACUAGCAUUUUGAAUGAUCUCGUUGAUAAACACCUCAUAGUCACAGCCAACCGAGAUGAUAAGAUGGGGCCUCGUCGAAGACCUAUGGGAAGAAUGCCGAUGGGAGAUUGGCACUGAGUUAUGUAUGACUCAUAGAAACCUGUGUCAUGGUUAUCUUGUGUUUUCUGUUACGACUUCUUCAUUGCUGUGUAUCGUUGGUCGAGAGCGAGAAAACGAGUAAUUCUGUAUAAGAUGUGCCAUCACGUACUAUAUACGAAGGUUGCGAAUGAAUGACCAUGGAGAG